AAUCUCCCUUGGGAAGAUCGAUGGACUACGCAAGCGUACUCGCUGUGUCCGUCACUUCCUCGUUUGCAGCCGGCAGAACCAAAACGUGAACAUGCUUUCUAUCGUCAGCUCAGUGCUUCGUCGCUUUUUGCAAAAUGCUUCGCAAAAACAUGUUUUGUUUAGUUCAGUCCUAGCUUUCUGUUUGCUUUCUAAUGCCGUUGGUAUCGGCGACGUUAUAUGGGCUGUGAACUGUGGCGGUGAGGCGCACACAGACAUUCAUGGCAUACGCUACCAGGCGGAUCCUUUAGAGGUCGGAUUUGCGUCCGAGUACGGAAAAAAUCUAAUAAUUCAAAGAGUUGUUCCACAGGACCAGGUUCUUUAUCAGACCGAGCGCUAUCAUCUUUCUACAUUCAGUUAUGAUAUACCGAUAUGGAAAGAUGGGGAUUAUGUGUUGGUCAUGAAGUUCAGUGAAGUGUGGUUUACCUCACCUAAUCAAAAGGUAUUUGAUGUUGUUCUAAAUGGAGAGCACACAGUUGUCAGUGAGCUAGACAUAUUUGCAAAGGUGGGUCGGGGCGUGGCCCAUGAUGAAAUUGUGCCUUUUUCUAUUAAAGGAGGAAAACUCAGAGUGAAUGGUGAGACAUCUCAGAUCGAUGGGAAAAAAAUCAGUCUUGAGUUUGUCAAGGGAGAUUUGGACAACCCAAAAGUCAAUGCUAUUUAUGUGGUGAAAGGCACAGUAGAAGAUAUUCCAAAGCUGCCCCAACUUGCUGGUGGAGAAACGCCACCCGAAGAAGAAGAAGAAGAUGAUGAUGAAUCUCAAAAUAACAAGCCGUCCAAGCAGCGCCGUCCAUCUGGCCCACGGGCUAAAGAUCCAUACGCUGCUGAUGAUACAAGCACAAUGCUUCUGCCUGUGUUUGUGGCUAUUGGAGCAUUCAUUCCUCUCCUAUUUUGUUUAUGCAAAUUGUAAAAGUCAUGCAGAUAUGGAGCUGUUUAUUUUUACUGUUAAGAAUUGACCUAAGGAUAGCUAAAUUUUGAAGUCAAACACCCAUUCCCCAGCCAUUUCUUCAUUCUGUCUGUUUGUCCACAUCCAUCCGUCUCUUUUUGUUUACUUGUCUGUAAAACUUAUUUCUGUAGUCUACCAGUCUGCAAAUCUGCCUGUCUUUACGCUGUUUUUUGCCAUUUUAUUUAUUUAUUUUUUUUAAUAAGGGAAAAAUUAAAUGUUCUGCCUUUUAUAUCUCUUGUCAAAGGCAGGACUGGAUUAAAAUCUUCCCCUUUUCCACUUAAUAACUGUGCAUUUCGACUACAUUUGAAAGGUAAAAAACUUCAUCAUCUAACUUUUUUAAUAAGCACAAUUUACUGUCAUUGCUGUUUGUUGUACUAUGGUUCUGUGCACAUGUAUUAAUUUUAAAGCUUGGAGGGUGAGUGUGACUAGGCAUUUUCAUAUGUAAAUUCAAGGGACGGACAAAUCUGAAUGAUCAUUUUAAGAAAACAUGUCAGUUCUUAUUUAAUCUCAAUUCAGCUGAUGCAGUUCUAAAUUUAUGAUUACAUAAUUUAUAUAUUUGUAACAUAAGAUUUGUAUUAUUAAGAUGUUUUAGUUAUGCUGUUAGACCAACGUUUUCAUAGUUGUGAAAUGCUUUAAGCAUAGAUACCAAUUAAUUAAUUAUAAAAAAUCUGAUAAAAACAUUGCAGCUCACCAGCUUAGACACAUUAAAUGUUUUCUUAAAAUCUAAAAAAGCAGACACGCGACAGCAUUGUGCCUAUUCAUAAAUGUUUUAUAAUGUGAUGAUUACACGAGUGGUGUAAUCAUGCGGACACUUUCUUAUAUAUACAGUCAUAAUUUUGUUUGCAUAUUUUCUAGUGUUAAAUCAUAAACUUUAAAAUUAGGUUUGCAUUAGUUGUAAUUGACAUUAUUUGAGAACUCGAAACUGGCAGUGUUUGUGGAAUUUUUUUUUUUUUUUUUUUUGGUGUUUAGUAUCAUUUUUAGUGCUGUUUUGUGUCUGGAGAGAUGAUAUGUUCAAAUAUUUGAAAAAAAAUAAUGAUUGUUGCAAAAUUAUUAAAAAGUGAAACCUUGACAAUGUCAACGAUGUGUUUACCAGGGUGGAAAAAGAGACAAAUUGUUACCACUGGAAUAGGUCAUUUGCCCUUUUGUUCUUGCAUGGCUCAGCAGAUGAGAUUAAUGAACUCCAGAAUCUGUAGAACAUGAGUUAAUAUUAUAUUAGUGGUUGAUUAAAUCACAAGAACUCAGUAGCUCUUUAAUAAAAGAAUCCUACAGUUUUCUUUUCUGUCAGAAAAUAUCUUUCAACAAUUUAUUUUCUUAAAUGAUUUAUGUUAGUGUUUUAAUGCUCAGAAAUGAAUACCCUUCACCUUCCAAAGUUUUUACUUUUGUUACACAAAUUCUUUUGCAUGACUUGUAUGUGGAAAAUGAGAAAAGUGGGUUGGACUAUAAAAUCAGUUUUGAGUUUUGAAAGCUGCUUAAUUGAUUUGUUUCUUGUGUUCUGUAUGUAGAAUUUGCUUCCUUUUUUACGGCAGUGAUGUCUCACUUGGACUUUGACCUGGGUAUACAUUUAAUGCUUGUUGACAGGCAUCCAGAUUUAGCAUCUUGUUUGCUGAAUAUCUGUUUUAUGCCACAUCAGUAAAUGUGGCAAAGGGUCAUUUUUUUUUUAAAUAUUAUUUGAGAAGUUGUCAAAAUAUUAUGUUCUUUUUCUCUCUUAUUCUUUCACUCUCACUGUUGAAAAUUAAAUGUGGAGAAAAGAAACAAAUGCAUUUCGGUAGAAAAUACACAGUUCUAUAUUUCUACUUUCAUAUUUAUUACUGUAAAGAGUAUAUCCAUGAAGUGGUGUUGAGCUGAAUUAUCUUAAAGAUUCUUUUUUCUAAAGAGAGGUAGUAAGAAUACAGAAAUCCUAUUACAUUUUUAUUUAUCGUAUUUAAAUAUAUGAGUGUUUUGAAGCACUUAUAUUUUAUGUGAAAUACUUUCAGCCUCAAGGUUAGUUUGCUGCUUCAUUUUUAUUCAAUUAUGCAUACUGUUUGACAAUAGGAUGAUGAUAUUUAUGCUAAAAAUGCCCUCCUUUUAUCUUCAGUUUUAGAAGUGGGUUUUUCUUGUAAACAUCUUUGCAGUCUACACACUUUGUAGUGAAAAUGCUAGUCAGUGUUGCUUCUCUUGUGCUGAGUUGAGCAGAACUGUUAUACAUUAAGGUUGAAAUCUAAAGUACAAAAAUGUUUGUUCCCAGCACUAAAGGAGCAUUUCAUUGAUAGUCAUAAUUAGAAACUGACAUAGAAUGCUCCAACUGAAAUUGAUGGAAUAUGUUCAAGUCAAUAGAUGACAACAGAAUAUGACCAUGUGUCUCAUUCUUUAUCUCCCACACAAACCACUUUUUAUUAUUUUGUUAUUUAUUUUCUAUUUAUUUAUUAUUAUUUGCAAUAGGAAAGUAAUUAGCAAAGUGCCCAUCUUCUUUUCACAUUCUUUGUUUCUAUAAUUAAAAAUAAAUUGCCCUAUAUGAUAGUUAUGGUCAUUAGUUAAGAUGCUCUCCCAGUUUUCUCAUUCUCGUUCUUUGCAUUGCAUCUUGAGGAUGGUGUUCUUACCUUUUUCUUUUGUCAUUGUUUGCCAUUGGAAAGAUAUAUCUUACACAAAAGCAUAUUUAUGAUAUAGUUAAUGUCUUGAAAGGGUGUGUACAUGCAGAUCAUCAGUUUUUAAUUGCAUUGCUCCCCUUACUCUAUUUCUUUCUCUUUCUGUCAUUUUGUGUCACACAAGCUCCUGUGUGAUUUACUUAUCACAGGCCUUUUAGCUGCAUUGUCUUUCAUCUGUCCAUCCAGUAAUAUCUCUUGAUGACGCACAGCUUUCAUAGAGUGACAAUAAUUUUAAAUCCUCUCAACAAGACUACAGCUGAUACCUAAAUAAUAUGAAUAAAGUAUUGCUAUUGCUGGCAAACAAAUAUUAUGUGUAAGUUACAAUAGAAACUAGGAAGCUUGCAUAGUUAAUUUUUUUCAAAUAUGGCAUUUGUUUUGUAUCUAUACAGCUUCAUGCUUCUCAGUUCUAUUCAGAAAAAAUAAUUAAUGAAUUUUUUUAUAAGGUCUGACUUUUGUGUCUUCUGCAGUGAAAUUAGCAAAAGAAUGAUUGAUUUGUCAUGAUAUUGAAUUUAAUAUUUAUGGUUUUUUAACAUAAAACAGUAAAUGAAUGAGCUUGUUGGCCAGCAACUGUUUGAGUUCACAUUUGUAUGAAUGCUAUUCAAAGUGUACAUUUUUGACUUUCUGUGAUUGAUUAUGCAUAUUUUGGGGGAUAUAUAUUUCCCAAACAUGUGUGCUCUGUAGUUGACUAAUUCAAGACUUAAAGAAUUUUGCUUUUCCUGGAAGAUUUGUUUUUAGUAACCCUCGUUUAUCUUUGUAGAGUUCGCUGUACUCUUCUUAUUUCUAAACAGAGUUGAAGGAAUGUUUAUCUUUUCUGAUCACCACAUUUUUUUCUAAUACUACAAUGAAGAAGACUUGUUGAUAUAUGAAAAGAUAUGGUAGGCACUUUUAAAAUGCUACAUUAUUUUUCAGCAGAUAUCAACCCUUGUUUGAUCUGUGGCUGUAUUUUUGUGGUUGAAUGUCAUUGUUAUACUAUUAUCAGGGUGCCUCCAUAUUUCUCUCCCUUUACUCAUGGUUUCACUUUUCUAAGCUUUCUUUUCUUUCCAGUUAUUCAUUUGUCGAUAAUCUUCCAGAGUCUUGUUUCGACUUUGUUUUCAUUUCAUUACAAAUAUCUUUUUGUAUCUAUUACAAGACAAGUUGUUUUAGUUGACUUCUAAUGACGGAGAUGUAAAGAAGAGAACAGUGAAGUCUUGAAAUCAAUGCUCAAAAUGAGCUAAUAUUUUGGACCACCUUGGCCUUUGUUCUCAGUUUUACUCAGCAUUUUAUUCAGAUAACCUCUUGUAUGAUUCACUUGUCUUCUUUUCAUUCUUUCCUGAUAUCUAAACGUUUUCUUUAAAAAAAAUUGUUUACCAUAACACUGCAUAGUUUGUAAUAUAUGUACCAAUUAUUUGUUUUUGACUGAAUGUGUUUUGUUGUGCUGAAGAUAUAAGUAAAUUUGGGAGAAAUGCACUUUUCUGAUUGAGGUGAGAAUAUGAUUGACAUAUUUGUGUGCCAUGAGGUACAAUUCCAAAGCAUGAAAUCUUUAUAAAAAAUUUAAUUAUAAAGUUUGGAUGAAAUGCCUUACUUCUAAGUUUUGUUUUUCUUUGUACUAGAGGGUUUAUUUUACACUUGUUUCUGCGUGUGUGUUUUUUCUUUUUUCAUUUUUUGAAGGUGCUUUUGUUAUGUCCUUUCAAGUGGGUUUAUAUCUAGUGAUAAAAUUCACUUUUUAAUUAUCACACAUAGGAUUUAUUAAUAAAGUCGUUUACUGCUUUAUUUAUGUGGAGGCUUAAGAUCGGUAUAGUACUGAUAUGGGCUAUCUCUUCUACUGUUUCUUUGAAGUUAUUUUUUUUGUGGUCAGGCAUGGUUGUAAUGCUUGUUUGCUUGCUUUUGUCCAAGGUUACACGCCAAGAGUGAUCUUGACGGGUAUAAAAGUAAAGGUUAAUUGGUUUGUGGAACGCCAUGUCAGCAAAAGUGGUGAUUGAAACUAUUGUACAAUUUUGUGGAAGACGAUUUGGAAUAAUAAACAGUUUAUGUUGAUGAGUUUCCUGCA